CUGGAGUCCUGUAACAUCUGCAGUAAACCCAUCAUGGAGCGUAUCCUGCGGGCGACAGGGAAGGCCUACCACCCCCACUGCUUCACCUGUGUGGUGUGUCAACGCAGCCUGGACGGUAUCCCGUUCACCGUGGACGCUGCCAACCACAUCCACUGCAUCGACGACUUCCACAAGAAGUUUGCCCCUCGUUGCUGUGUGUGUUCUGAGCCCAUCAUGCCAGCUCCAGGCCAGGAAGAGACUGUUCGUAUCGUCGCCUUGGAUCGAGACUUCCACGUUCAGUGUUACCGCUGUGAGGACUGUGGUUCUCUGCUGUCUGAGGGGGACAACCAGGGCUGUUACCCUCUGGACGGCCAUGUCCUCUGUAAGAGCUGUAACACCAGUCGUAUCCAGGCCCUCACCGCCAAGGCUACCACUGACCUCUGAGCCCCCAGCCCUGCUACCCCGCUUCCCGCUAAGCGCUCCCCCGGUCCAGCCCGGUCACCUCUACUGCCUGGCUGGCUGCCCUUCAGCCCGACACGCACACACACACACACACACACACACCCACACGCACACACACACACACACACACACACGCACGCAUCUAUGAAUAUUAUGAAAUUGCUAAUGGGGAGAAACGAGGAUGUGAUGUCCCUGAAAUGUUGACAGUCUCGGUACGAUCGUCAGCCUGUUGAUACCUUUAUUGCUGUCGUUAUUAUUAUAUUAUUAUUAAUGCCUGUUCCCUCUACUUGCAUUUACUCUUUGACAUUGUAGUCGCCUAGCAGACACCCCUUAUUCAGAGAGAUUCACAGUAGAGUCAGCAGACACCCCUUAUUCAGAGAGAUUCACAGUAGAGUCAGUAGACACCCCUUAUUCAGAGAGAUUCACAGUACAGUCAGUAGACACCCCUUAUUCAGAGAGAUUCACAGUAGAGUCAGCAGACACCCCUUAUUCAGAGAGAUUCACAGUAGAGUCAGUAGACACCCCUUAUUCAGAGAGAUUCACAGUACAGUCAGUAGACACCCCUUAUUCAGAGAGAUUCACAGUACAGUCAGUAGACACCCCUUAUUCAGAGAGAUACACAGUACAGUCAGUGUACAUCUUUGAUUUCUUCCUCAUUUUUAUUGCUGUUGUUUCUCCUAGUUGACUAGCAGAUUGUCUCCUGUCCUGUCAUGUCAUGGGUGCGGACCAAUUGGUAGCCUAUUCCCUAUAUACAAGUCUAGUACUUUGGGCCAUGGUUUACAAUAGUGUACUGUAAUAGGGAAUAGGCUGUCAUUUGUGACGUCUCCGCGGUCCUUCAUUCCAAUAUGCCCGAGCUGAUCUGGUCUCUCUGAUCUCUGGCCUGUUUAACAUCUUCACAGUACUUAAUUAAGCCAUAAAGCAUGACUGGGGUGUGGUAUAUUGGCCAUAUACCACAAAUCCCCGAGGUGUCUUAUUGCUAUUAUAAACUGGUUACCAAUGUAAUUAGAGCAGUAAAAAUAAAAUGUUUUGUCAUACCUGUGGUAUACGGUCUGGUUGUCAGCCAAUCAGCAUUCAGGGCUGGAAACACCCAGUUUAUAAUAGAAGAUAUUCAACACGUGGAGAAGAGACUGAUUGGCUGACUGGCUGACUGGCUGGCUGACUGACUGGCUGGCUGGCUGACUGACUGGCUGACUGACUGACUGGCUGGCUGGCUGGCUGACUGACUGGCUGACUGACUGGCUGGCUGGCUGGCUGACUUACUGACUGGCUGACUGACUGAUUGGCUGACUGACUGGCUGGCUGGCUGGCUGACUUACUGACUGGCUGACUGGCUGGCUUGCUGGCUGACUGGCUGACUGAUUGACUGACUGACUGAUUGGCUGACUGACUUACUGACUGGCUGGCUGACUUACUGACUGGCUGGCUGACUUACUGACUGGCUGGCUGACUGGCUGACUGAUUGGCUGGCUGGCUGACUUACUGACUGGCUGACUGCCUGGCUGGCUUGCUGGCUUGCUGACUGGCUGGCUGGCUGGCUGGCUGGCUGACUGGCUGGCUGACUGGCUGACUGACUGGCUGACUGACUGACUGGCUGACUGGCUGACUGACCUUUUUAAAUUCCAGUCAAUUCAGGAUGUAAAACAAACUCCCAAUUCCAAAUGUUCCUCAUUGAAAAACAUUGAAGCGAAUUGGAAUUUCAGUGUACUUCCUGAAUUGACUGGAAUUGAAAUGGAAUUGACCCCAGCCCUGGCUUAAUGUAUACAGAGAGUGGACCAAGCCUCUCAACCGUGACCUCUCAACUCUAACAGAUGGUUCCUAAGCCGUGACCUCUCAACUCUAACAGAUGGUUCCUAAGCCGUGACCUCUCAACUCUAACAGAUGGUUCCUAAGCCGUGACCUCUCAACUCUUAACAGCUGGUUCCUAAGCCGUGACCUCUCAACUCUUAACAGCUGGUUCCUAAGCCGUGACCUCUCAACUCUUAACAGCUGGUUCCUAAGCCGUGACCUCUCAACUCUUAACAGCUGGUUCCUAAGCCGUGACCUCUCAACUCUUAACAGCUGGUUCCUAAACCGUAACCUCUGAACUCUUAACAGCUGGUUCCUAAGCCGUGACCUCUCAACUCUUAACAGCUGGUUCCUAAGCCGUGACCUCUCAACUCUUAACAGCUGGUUCCUAAACCGUAACCUCUGAACUCUUAACAGAUGGUUCCUAAGCUGUGACCUCUCAACUCUUAACAGAUGGUUCCUAAGCCGUGACCUCUCAACUCUUAACAGCUGGUUCCUAAACCGUAACCUCUGAACUCUUAACAGAUGGUUCCUAAGCUGUGACCUCUGAACUCUUAACAGAUGGUUCCUAAGCCGUGACCUCUCAACUCUUAACAGAUGGUUCCUAAGCCGUGACCUCUCAACUCUUAACAGCUGGUUCCUAAGCCGUGACCUCUCAACUCUUAACAGCUGGUUCCUAAACCGUAACCUCUCAACUCUUAACAGCUGGUUCCUAAGCCGUGACCUCUGAACUCUUAACAGCUGGUUCCUAAGCCGUGACCUCUGAACUCUUAACAGCUGGUUCCUAAGCCGUGACCUCUGAACUCUUAACAGCUGGUUCCUAAGCCGUGACCUCUGAACUCUUAACAGCUGAGUUAGCUGAAUGCUCUGCCUGCCGGAAUCCAUUUUCAUCACACCUCUUGUCUAUAAGGAGAGAGGAACGGGUUGUCAGUUUUUAUAAGAAACGUUGUUUUAUGUUUUUUUUUCUUCGAAUGCUGAGAAUGCGUCAUAAAUAGCACCCUAUUCUCUAUCUAGUGCACUACUUUUGGCCAGAGCUCUAUGGGCCGUUUGUCAAACGUAGUGCACUAUGAAGGGAAUAGGGUGCCAUUUGGUACGGAACCACAGAUGAACAGCAACUCCCCAGAUCCCACAGCAAACAUCCAGCCUGCUCUAUGUAACGAACAAACACCGUGAGUGAUAAACACACAUCACGAUGGUCCACCAAACAUCCAGCCUGCUCUAUGUAACGAACAAACACCGUGAGUGAUAAACGCACAUCACGAUGGUCCUCCAAACAUCCAGCCUGCUCUAUGUAACGAACAAACACCGUGAGUGAUAAACACACAUCACGAUGGUCCUCCAAACAUCCAGCCUGCUCUAUGUAACGAACAAACACCGUGAGUGAUAAACGCACAUCAUGAUGGUCCUCCAAACAUCCAGCCUGCUCUAUGUAACGAACAAACACCGUGAGUGAUAAACACACAUCACGAUGGUCCACCAAACAUCCAGCCUGCUCUAUGUAACGAACAAACACCGUGAGUGAUAAACGCACAUCACGAUGGUCCUCCAAACAUCCAGCCUGCUCUAUGUAACGAACAAACACCGUGAGUGAUAAACACACAUCACGAUGGUCCUCCAAACAUACAGCCUGCUCUAUGUAACGAACAAACACCGUGAGUGAUAAACACACAUCACGAUGGUCCUCCAAACAUCUAAUUAUGUGUUGUUGUUGAAACAGGAUGUACUGUACAGUUGAAGAAGUCGGAAGUUUACGUACACCUUCGCCAAGUACACUUCAACUGAGUUUUUCACAAUUCCUGACUUGUAAUCCUAGUAAAAAAAUUCCCUGUCCUAGGUCAGUUAGGAUCACCACUUUAUUUUAAGAAUGUGAAAUGUCAGAAUAAUAUUAGAGAGAAUUAUUUAUUUCAGCUUUUAUUUCUUUCAUCACAUUCCCAGUGGGUCAGAAGUUUACAUACACUCAAUUAGUAUUUGGUAGCAUUGCCUUUAAAAUUGUUUAACUUGGGUCAAACGUUCGAAAUGUCUAAAGCCAUGACAUCAUUUUCUGGAAUUUUCCAAGCUGUUUAAAAGGCACAGUCAAUUUAAGUGUAUGUAAACUUCUGACCCACUGGAAUUGUGAUACAGUGAAGUAUAAGUGAAAUAAUCUGUCUGUAAACAAUUGUUGGAAAAAUGACUUGUGUCACGCACAAAGUAGAUGUCCUAACCUACAUGCCAAAACUAUAGUUUGUUAACAAGACAUUUGUAGAGUGGUUGAAAAAUGAGUUUUAAUGACUCCAACCUAAGUGUAUGUAAACUUCUGACUUCAACUGUAUUUAAUCCUUUUGAAGUUAUAAUAUUGCAUUGAUUUGGAGUGGCGAUGAGUUGUCAUGGUGAUUCUGAGGCCUUAACUAAAGGAGACCAAAGUCUGUUCAAUACUUCGCUCAGUCAUGAUACAAUGAUAUACUUCUUUAAGCCAAGUAGAAUAAUGCCUAUCUUAUUCAUAAUAAAAUGAUGUACUUCUUUAAGCCAAUUACGAUGCUUUUCUGACUUGAUGCACAUCUCAGUUCACUGUAUUAAUUUAGAGAGUUUACAGUAAUUCACAUCCCAGUUCACUGUAUUAAUUUAGAGAGUUUACAGUAUUUCACAUCCCAGUUCACUGUAUUAAUUUACAGUAAUUCACAUCCCAGUUCACUGUAUUAAUUUGGAGAGUUUACAGUAAUUCACAUCCCAGUUCACUGUAUUAAUUUAGAGAGCAUACAGUAAUUCACAUCCCAGUUCACUGUAUUAAUUUAGAGAGUUUACAGUAAUUCACAUCACAGUUAGCUGUAUUAAUUUAGAGAGUUUACAGUAAUUCACAUCCCAGUUCACUGUAUUAAUUUAGAGAGUAAUUCACAUCCCAGUUCACUGUAUUAAUUUAGAGUUUAUACAGUAAUUCACAUCCCAGUUCACUGUAUUAAUUUAGAGAUUAUACAGUAAUUCACAUCCCAGUUCACUGUAUUAAUUUAGAGAGCAUACAGUAAUUCACAUCCCAGUUCACUGUAUUAAUUUAGAGAGUUUACAGUAAUUCACAUCACAGUUAGCUGUAUUAAUUUAGAGAGUUUACAGUAAUUCACAUCCCAGUUCACUGUAUUAAUUUAGAGAGUAAUUCACAUCCCAGUUCACUGUAUUAAUUUAGAGUUUAUACAGUAAUUCACAUCCCAGUUCACUGUAUUAAUUUAGAGAUUAUACAGUAAUUCACAUCCCAGUUCACUGUAUUAAUUUAGAGAGUAUACAGUAAUUCACAUCCCAGUUUACUGUAUUCAUUUAGAGAGUUUACAGUAAUUCACAUCCCAGUUCACUGUAUUCAUUUAGAGAGUUUACAGUAAUUCACAUCCCAGUUCACUGUAUUAAUUUAGAGAGUUUACAGUAAUUCAGUUCCAUACACAAGGUUAAGAGAUACUCUUACAGAGUAUCCGUAUAGAAAUGCUGAUAAGAAUCUCUUUCUGGGAAAUAAAUUGAAAAGAAGCAGAAAGAGACGUUAUGCAAGUUGCAACAUAUAAACAUCGCUGUCAGUGAUCGCUAUAAACAUCUCUGUCAGUGAUCGCUAUAAACAUCUCUGUCAGUGAUCGCUAUAAACAUCUCUGUCAGUGAUCGCUAUAAACAUCUCUGUCAGUGAUCGCUAUAAACAUCUCUGUCAGUGAUCACUAUAAACAUCUCUGUCAGUGAUCGCUAUAAACAUCUCUGUCAGUGAUCGCUAUAAACAUCUCUGUCAGUGAUCGCUAUAAACAUCUCUGUCAGUGAUCGCUAUAAACAUCUCUGUCAGUGAUCGCUAUAAACAUCUCUGUCAGUGAUCGCUAUAAACAUCUCUGUCAGUGAUCGCUAUAAACAUCUCUGUCAGUGAUCGCUAUAAACAUCUCUGUCAGUGAUCGCUAUAAACAUCUCUGUCAGUGAUCGCUAUAAACAUCUCUGUCAGUGAUCGCUAUAAACAUCUCUGUCAGUGAUCGCUAUAAACAUCUCUGUCAGUGAUCGCUAUAAACAUCUCUGUCAUUUUCCCUUAAAACGAUCUGGUUCAGCAUUCAUUGGCUGGAGGCCACGGUGGUAAUCAAAUCAAAUCAAAAGGUACAAACCUGUAGAGAGCUGUUAGAUUUAUUAUCCCUCUGUGUGUUUUCUUGGUUUAAGUAAAUAAGUAUUUUCUGAACCGAAGUGGUUUAAAGUACUGUAAGUUUUAAAAAAAUAUUACUUUAAAGUACUACUUAAGUAGUUUUUUGGGGGGUAUCUGUACUUUACUAUUUAUAUUUUUGACAACUUUUAUUUUUACUUCACAACAUUCCUAAAGGAAAAUAAUGUACUUUUUUACUCUCAUACAUUUUCCCCUGACACCCAAAAGUAUGUGUUACAUUCAGCAUUCUCAAGCAGGACAGCAAUACGGUCCAAUUCACACACUUUAUCGAGAGACGGUUAUCCCCACUGCCUCUGAUCUGGUGCACUCCACUAAGCACACACCGUGCGUUUGUAAAUUACUUCAGAGUGGUGGAGUGUGUCCCCCGGCUAUCCGUAAAUUAAAAAACUUAAGAGAAUAUCAUGCCGUCGGGAAUUUGAUUUAUAGCCUUUUUUACUUUAUCCUAACAGUUUAGUACUUUUCCCACCGUUGUACUUGAAGUACAUUUUAAAACCAGAUACUUUUUUACUCAAGUGGUAUUUUAACUGGGAGAUUUUCACUUUUACUCGAGUCAUUUUCUAUUAAGGUAUCUUUCAUUUGACUCAAAUAGGACAUUGAAGUAGUUGUUCCUGCUAUAAACUCACUAUUUUGUUUUUUUGAUCUAAAAUAAAUAAAUAAACAAAAGAAGAUUCAUAUCGAUGUUGUAAUUGUUUUUGUAUAAUUAAUUGCAUUGACAUUUUAUUCCUAAAGAUAUGGAGAACAUUUGACUAUUAAAGGAGAUACUAUUUCAACAGAUUUGACCGUACACAUAGUUCUUCGUGAAACCCCUUUUUUUGUCAAAAACAAUCCUCGUGCUUUAGGUCUACGCUGUGUUGUGAGUCACUGUUUCCGUCUAUAGGUUUUUACCCCAUUGACAUCCAUCCAUUUGUUUUAUGUGGUGUGUAGGCUCAUCUCUUAGAUGAAUUGUAGAUGGGACAAGAAGGGAGUAUGAUAUUCCCUGACACAUUUACUCCGAAUGAGUGUUUGAAACAUGUGGUGGAAAUAUUUUCAAGUCUCAUGUACUGCAGGUUGAUCUUUUUUUUUUAGGCCUAUGUUAUCUUCACAAAUUAAUUCCUUAAUUAAAUGUACUUGGAAUAAACGUUUAAUUACUAAUUCUCUCUAAUAACUCUCUCUAUCGUGAUGUGAAAAAAGCCAAACAAAACAUAAUUUGACAUUGUGACUUCCUUCUUACGUGGCUUGUUAUUGUUUCCCAGUGAGACCCCCCUCAGCCCUGUUCUUUGUGUUGCAACGUGCAUGUUGGGUGAUGGGUACGGUGUCUUUUUUGGGCCUAUGAUUGUCUAAGGCUGUGCUAACUGUCUGUGGCUAGUUCAUCUGUUCACAUACAAACAAGUGGCGCUAUAGGAGCAUAUUGUUAUCCAGUAGGGCUGAAGGAUGUACGGUCAUCACCAAGCCCUAACCAAGGUAGAGAGGGGGUCGGAACCCAUACUGAAGGCUGUACUGUCAUCACCAGACCCUAACCAAGGUAGAGAGGGGUCUGAACCCAUACUGAAGGCUGUACUGUCAUCACCAGGCCCUAACCAAGGUAGAGAGGGGGUCUGAACCCAUACUGAAGGCUGUACUGUCAUCACCAGACCCUAACCAAGGUAGAGAGGGGGUCUGAACCCAUACUGAAGGCUGUAUGGUCAUCACCAGACCCUAACCAAGGUAGAGAGGGGGUCUGAACCCAUACUGAAGGCUGUACCAUCAUCACCAGACCCUAACCAAGGUAGAGAGGGGGUCUGAACCCAUACUGAAGGCUGUACCAUCAUCACCAGACCCUAACCAAGCUAGAGAGGGGUCUGAACCCAUACUGAAGGCUGUACCAUCAUCACCAGACCCUAACCAAGGUAGAGAGGGGUCUGAACCCAUACUGAAGGAUGUACCAUCAUCACCAGACCCUAACCAAGGUAGAGAGGGGUCUGAACCCAUACUGAAGGCUGUACCAUCAUCACCAGACCCUAACCAAGGUAGAGAGGGGUCUGAACCCAUACUGAAGGAUGUACCAUCAUCACCAGACCCUAACCAAGGUAGAGAGGGGUCUGAACCCAUACUGAAGGCUGUACCAUCAUCACCAGACCCUAACCAAGGUAGAGAGGGGUCUGAACCCAUACUGAAGGCUGUACUGUCAUCACCAGGCCCUAACCAAGGUAGAGAGGAGGUCUGAACCCAUACUGAAGGCCGUAUGGUCAUCACCAGACCCUAACCAAGGUAGAGAGGGGGUCUGAACCCAUACUGAAGGCUGUACCAUCAUCACCAGACCCUAACCAAGGUAGAGAGGGGGUCUGAACCCAUACUGAAGGCUGUAUGGUCAUCACCAGACCCUAACCAAGCUAGAGAGGGGUCUGAACCCAUACUGAAGGCUGUACCAUCAUCACCAGACCCUAACCAAGGUAGAGAGGGGUCUGAACCCAUACUGAAGGCUGUAUGGUCAUCACCAGGCCCUAACCAAGGUAGAGAGGGGUCUGAACCCAUACUGAAGGCUGUACCGUCACCACGACACCAAUACUAGUAUUUUAAUCCACAAUGGACAGUUGUCACACAUUAUUUAAAUACAUUUUUACUCUAAUACCAUACCAAGGAAGUAACGGAUGGCUCGAUCAGGUCGAUCGAUAUACCGGUAGCCUCAUUGUGUCCCCCUCCCUUUGCUCAUCAAAGCUUUGCUAUUUUUUUUUUUUUACAUUUAAACAAUUAUUGAUAUAAACAAGUAUAUGAGGUGACAGAAACGGCUUGAGGGGACAGGAAGAAAGUGUUUGUGUUGUGUUACGUACAUUCUUCCAUUCCAUUGUAUUUCUGUUGUCAACAACAGCCACUUUUUUAAUUUUGUAUUUUUUUUUUGCUGCAAAUUGUCUUUGGCUACAUUCUCCAUGCCUGUAGCACAGCUUGUACUGUGUCCCAAAUGGUGCCCUAUACCCUAUGUAGUGCACUACUUUUGGACUAGAUCUCUAAGGGUCCUGCUCUGAAGUAGUGGACGAUAGAGGGCAUAGGAUACCCUUUGGGGCAGACGCUCUGUGUCAUCUACAGUAAUGUCGUACCUUUCCAUGUCUAACAGGUACUAUUUAGCACUCUGAAAUAUCAUGAGUGGUGAUGUGUGAUACGGACAGAGGAGGCUGGUGAUGGGAGGACGGGUCGUAGUAAAUGGCUGGAACGGUGUAAAUGGAAUAUAGCGUCAGACAAAUGGAAACCGCGUGUUUUGGAGUGUCUUUGAUACCGAUCCAUUUCAUCCGGUUCCAGACGUUACCACGGGCCCAUCCUCCGAUUUAUAGUGACACCAGCCACCGCUGGAUACGUGCGUGAGCAACACAUGGAACGUCGAAUUGCCAAUGAUAAGAUGAUAUAGUCAUUGAUGUAAUGUAAUCCAAUAAAACACGAUGUGACCCUCUGCUGCUAAAGUUAAUUACACCCUAAUUUUUUGGCUGUACACAUUGUACGCCACGUCUUAUUGGCUGUACACAUUGUACGCUACAUUACAUUGGACCUUUGGCAGGAACAUCUUGUCAUGUUAAAUCCAAUUCCUUCAAUAAAAGCUUUGCAACAGCC